UCAAUCCCGGCCCAGGCUUGUGAAUGGCGCCAAGGGUGUGCCGCUGUUUGUGUCACGCACCGCUGCCGAUUUCUUUUGCCAGUGUACAAGUACCGUAGUACAUAUGAAUAGUUUUGUACCUGUACCAGAAAACGAACGUGGUUGGGAGCCGAUCAUGCCAAUGCCUCCACACGACGCGGCCAACCGCCGAAGCGGCAGACACAAGCCCGACACCGACCUGGUCAUCGAAACGCCGUUGCCGUUGCCGCCAUCGCCACCGCGAAUAAGGCUUCGGGACAGAAACGGGGACAGAAACGGGGACAGGGACAGGGACCGCGCCGCCCGUCCGCAGACACCCCCCGAUUGUCCGCCGCCCACAUUCGAGAUUGACAGCGCCUCAUCUGGGGGCCGCUCUCUGCUGCUUUCCGACGGCCCGGCAACGAGAACCGCCGCCGACGUCGAGACCUUUCUCCAAGGCCUCGCACCCGUCAGCAUCCCCAUCGACAUGUCCAGCGCCGAACACGGCCAACACGAUCAUCCAGAGCCCCGCCACCGCAACCAGCGAGAUUCUCACGACCUUUCCCUUUCGCCCCGCCAAGUGACGCGCGACUCGCUCGUUGCCAAUAUGCUUCUGUCCCUUGACCGUCUAUCAUUGGGACGGAUCGACACAUUUGGAGCAUCAUCGAGGACGCCUUUCGACGAGCCAGCCCCCUAUCCGCCCAUCGCAACCGAUGACGCGCGUGCCAUGACAUUUCAUUCGAGGCCGAGUCGCGGCGCCGGCCACAGCUACUCAUACAGCUCGGAUCUCGAAGGCACCGAGAUAUCCUCGCGGGGACGCCGCAGCAAUAGCAGCUCGGGAUAUCAGCAGGGUUUAGGCCGCAUCAACAGCAUGCGUGAGACCUCGCAACGGAGCCCCGGGCGGGCACUGCACUCGAGAGGCGGCAAGGGGAGCAAGAACGGCAGCACAAGCAGCACUGAUGCCGCCGGAUAUGUUCAAGUGCUGGGCAGCCAGCGCUGGACCAGGGGGUUUGCGAGAAGAUCAUCCAGCUUUGACGGCGAGCCGCGCCCAUCGGCCAACCCGUGGCACGUCGAAUUCUCCAGCUCCUUCUUCAAUGACGGAUAUGACGCGGCUCCCACGCCAAACAUACCGGGCGGGCCCCGGAAGCUCACUAGCGCGCCGUCGUUGCCGGUUCUGCCACCACCGGAACCAAAGACUGAGCCGAAAUCGCCAGCGAAGAGCGCUGUUGUUGAACGGCGGCGAAGUACCCGCUCCUCGAGGAGCGCAACCGUCGGCCGCAAGUCCGAGCCAAAGUUCAAUCCCGCCAGAGACGCCCCGCCCCUUCCCGUCCUCGACCUCGACUCGGCGCCCGCACCUCAUGUUGGGUACGAAAAGACCAAGGAUUCCAGCCUCGUACCGCCGACGCCCGCCGCCCCCCAAGCCAAAGAAAAGCAUGGCUUCUUCAGGAGAAUGUUUAGCUCGUCCAAGUCGGUUAUUUCAGGCAGUUCGUCUUCGCCGCAGGUCUCGUCUUCAGCCGAACUGCCCAUGAGCAGGUCGCCGUUUGCCUCCCAACCCAAGUCAUCGGCGCCACCGUCUCGUGAAUCGCACCACUCGACUACACAUACGUUACAGAAGAAAACGUCGUCCUUCUUCCGAAGGCGGAAGUAUUCCAUCACGGACACGGAGCUUCCACCGGUGCCAAACAUACCUGCCGCGCCAGCAGCAAAACUUCCUCUGGGUCGACUCGAAACCGCGCCUGCUGUGAAGCCGGAACCCAGCCCCAUUACCAGUCUUCGGCGGGCAAUGGAUCCUUUCCUGCAGGGUAGCCCGGCCUCCACAGCCGUUCCGACGCCUAUCGAUACCGUGUUACCCUCGAUUGAGGCACCGCAGGAUUCCCCUCAUCCUGAUACGGCCGCACGACGCGACGGUGAUGAAACCACCCGCACUACGAGAGGUUUCUCGCCGGACUAUGAGCCGAGUCCAAAAGCAGUCAUCCGCAAGGUCGAAUCUGAGCCCGCCAAUGAGGCUGGGGCAGCACCCCUUGCGACACCAACGCGACAAGCUCCCGAGGACCUGGCUGAAUCGCCGCCCAAGUCUUUCCUCCGAGACAACAGCGACAGUGAAGAUAGUCCGGUGCAGCACCGCAAAGUCCCACGGUCCGAUGCCCGGGACAAGAGCCUCAGGCCGACGCCGGAGCCAGACAGGAUAGCAAGAUCACCGUCGCCAGUCGUGUCCAAAUCGAAGAGCGUGCCGAAUCUCACCAAGGCAGCACGGCAAGACUCCAAACGCCCAGCGCCUAGCCGUACAGAAUCAGCUGGCCUUGGAUCCGAGACCAUGUACAAGCCCAGCCUGCCGAGCUUGAGAAUCGACAGCGCUGAACCGAGUCCCGAUGACAUGGGAAUGGGAGAGCUCGGCAGUCAUUCGGGCAAAUCCAUUGACGAGCCCGAAGUUGUGGUUGGUGAGCCUACCGAAGACGACCGGCAGAAAGCGCAGAAAAUAUUUGAAGGAAUUGAAGAUUUCAUCCAAAAAGAUAGAGCAGCAGCCUGGAUGGGUGAAGAAGGUAUCGUGCGGCAACGGACCCUGCGCGCGUACAUGGAGCUCUACGACUUUGAGAAUCAAAGCAUCGUAACCAGCCUGCGGCAGGUUUGUCAGCGGCUGCUGCUCCGGGCUGAGACGCAGCAAGUUGACCGGAUCCUGGUGGCCUUUGCGAAGCGGUGGUGUGACUGCAACCCGAACCACGGGUUCAAGACGCCGGAUGUUAUUCAUACCAUCUGCUACUCAAUCAUCCUCCUCAACACCGAUCUCCACGUAGCCGACAUUGAGCACAGGAUGACCAGGAGCCAGUUCAUCAAGAACACCAUGACGACCAUCAGGCAAACCCUCCAGGAGUCGGCUCCUGAGGCGUUUGAGCGGCCAAGCAUCCUCCCAAGCAAGGGGAAUCUCGGCCUCGAAAGCGACCCCCGCUCGUCGGAAGAGCACAACAAGCACAACAGCUUCCGGGCCUCAUUCAAGCCGCCUCCGCGACCCGGGUCGACCCUCGGCAUCAUUUCCGACCAGCCUGCGGCGGACAGCUGCGGUCCCCUGGUCAAAGCACCGUUCGACGGGUCGCUUCGCGCUUGGGAGUCGCAGGUUGAGAUUGUCCUAAAGGACAUAUACGCCUCCAUCCGUGACGACCGCUUACCGCUCUUUGGUGCCGAGGCCAGCCCGCUUCAUACCCCGAGCGGCUUGUCGGUCAUGGGCAUGCUCAAACGGUCGCCAAGUGUGCUAAGCAAAGCCCCAUCGGAGAGCGUCGCGUCGACCCGCGGUAGGAUCCCCGAGGCAGUGAAGGCAAACUCAUCGAGGUUCAACUCCAAGAGCCGAUCGCGGCCGAGGGGCUUCGGCACUGGCUUCUCAUCUAGCAGGACUAGCUUUGAAGAUGGGAACUCGGUUUGGAGCCCAACGGACUCCUCGGCGACCUGGAGCAAGGUGUCGCUCGGUCGCACGCACACUUCCAUGUCGAUGGAUUCGUUCGGUUCCUCUUAUCCGCGCGGCGAUUUCAAGCAGUCUAUAGGUUUCGCCAAUGCGCUGAGCCAAGCUAUUAUCCGCGAGGACAGCGCGCUUGAAGUGCCCAAGGACGAGGUCAAGUGCGAGCAGCUGCUGGACGACGAGUCCCUCGAGCUCGCUGGUCCGCCAUGGGUCAAGGAGGGCAUCGUCACACACAAGCACCAUCUCGACGGCAUUGACAAGAAGGCCAAGGACCGCAACUGGACCGAAGUCUUUGCCGUCAUCCAGAAAGGGCAGCUAAGCCUGUUCUCCUUCUCCCCCAACAAGUCUCUCCGCAACAAACAUCGCCGCGGCGGCCUUGGCAACGGCGGGACCCUGCCAAAAGGCGCCGUAGUUGGCGGAGGCAAUUGGCAAGACAACGCCACGAACCUUGGCACCUUCUCUCUCCGCCAGACCCUUGCCUCUACGUUGCCCCCGCCGGGCUACUCCCGGUCUCGGCCACACGUCUGGGCGCUUUCUCUCCCUACCGGCGCAGUCCACCUCUUUCAGGUUGGCACGGCGGAGAUCAGCAAGGAAUUUGUCAGCACGGCCAACUACUGGAGCGCCAGGCUCAGCACGCACCCGCUGGUAGGCGGCAUCUCCAACAUCGAGUACGGCUGGAGCGACGCCAUCAUCAACAAUGCCCUCGUAAACGCGAUCCACGAGAGCGCCGCCGCCAGUGCACCUGCUCCUACCCGGCCCGGUAGCGGUAGCAUCAGCAUCAGCCACAUGAAGAGCCACUCCCGCUCAGGCAGUGCCGCCAACGCUGCGGCAGGCAUAAUCGGCGGGCGCUCGUCGAUGCAAUCCGGCCGGUCGAUGCGCUCAGCCUCAUUCGACUUUGUCCGGCCCGGGUCAGGCUCAAGCGGCGUGCUGGGCCUGUCGUCCUCGCUCCCGCGCCACCCGACCACCGGCAGCAACCUUCCACCUUCCUCCUCUUCAGCCCACCACCACCAUCACAUAGGCAAGCUGCCAGGCGACAAAAUCCACAUCACGGACUGGUCGCCGCCGGCGAGUUCGAUGCGCCCCAGCAACCUCUCCGAGCGCGAGCAGCUCGAGUCGCUGCUGGCCUAUGUGCGGUCCAUCGAGGCCGAGCUGCAGGCGCAUAACGCCCUGCGCAGCCCUAUGCUGCUGGCUUUUUCGCCGCGCAGCGCCAACGCGGCGAAGGCCAUGGCUAACUGGGAGCGCAAGAGCGAGUAUCUUUUGAGGGAGAUUGUCAAGUUCAGGACGUAUGUGGAUUGCCUCCAGCAGGCGGAGGUCAGGAGGGUGGAGAUUUAUCGCGAGAGGGAGACGGCGAGGCGCGCGGCGAGGGGUGACGCGGUGAGUGAUGAGGAGGGUGAGGGUGAGCGGCAGGUGGAGGGCUUAGAUGUGAGGGAUCUGGAUGGUUUGGUACGCGGCUCUGGUGGUCAGAGAGAGGAGGAAAUCGAGGAUGAGGUUGGCGGCCAUGUGGGGGAUCAUGGAGAGGGGAGAGGGGGAAGUUGAACGGGACGGUCGAUGUUCAGUGCCAGGUUGACGGCAUUUUGAGUCAGUGGCAAGCUUGCCAUACCUUAUAUUGAUUCACACGAGAUGCGGGUUUUUGGGGUGGUAUUUAUGCUACUGGAGUAGUACUGGUAGUUCUUCGUUUUGGUUUCUUUUGUUUCGUUUGUUCCUCUCUUUCAUGGAGCGGUACCGCACGUCUUUAGGACAGCAUGACCUUCAGGAUAAUCUUACUCUUUGAAAUAAUAGACUUGUGGGCCUGUUAUUUGG